UAGCAACCACAAGAGCCAAUCAUGACUGAAGUCAUUAAAUGUGCCCGCCUUUCUCACCAGAAAACAGGAAGGGGGCUGACUUAGCAGCAGGUUUGAUUGACAGCUACUGAGUUUUGUUGCUAAUGCUAGUGGGAGCAACCUUGGGGAAUGAAGGCGUCUGAUUGGUCCAUCAUUUAUGUUCAUAUCUUGAUUUAGGGGCAAAAUAGCGAAAUGCGAAAUUCAGGAUCGUGUAGAUCAGGUUAAUACGAACAUUUUAAGACCCAAAUGACGAGGGGAUUUAGAACACCCCCAGUGUGAUGUCAAUGCAAGGAUCACCACAAAGACUCAGCCCUUUCUGAGAACACGCAGACCAAAUAUGUUUCGGGUCUAUUAAAUGCUUUGAACAGGUGGUGUACUUUCUCUCAGACCUGAGCCGAGGGAGAAGAUACAUCUGCUACUACAACUGCUAUUACUACUGCUACAAAAUGUCCCACGUCCCACCUGAGCAUUUCCAAUUACAGGGGGGACAAGUCCACCCUAAUGUUGCACACACUUCGGUCCAAUACACAGCAGUGAAUGUGAACCAGGCCAUGUCCAGGGACAUGCCCCGGGACCACUUUGUCUGGUCUCUUUGGUCUUUCAUCUGCUGCAACCCCCUCUGCCUGGGGCUGGCUGCCCUCAUCUACUCUGUCAAGGCGCGGGACAGGAAGGUGGUGGGGGACAUCGAAGCCGCUCGCAGUCACGGAUCCACAGCUCGAGAUCUGAACAUCGCUGCCACUGUCAUUACAAGUCUCAUUGUUGUCAUUGUCAUUUUAAUCUACGCAGUUCUAAUGGCGCAGGAUGCACAUUAAUUACAGAAGCUAUAAUAAUUAUAACUACAGGGGCUAAAUACAACAGAAAUAACUCUUCUGCAAAAAAUGCUAAACAAAUGAUUAUGUUAUGUUUUUG